CGGGGAGCCGCUGAUUCAGACGAAGACCCAACUCAGGACUGUCGGGAAAAACGUAUUUCAACGUGGAACUUCUGCUCCGUCUCCCUCCCUCAUUUUGGCCACCGCAGCGCCGCCGCUGCUCUGGCCCCUGCCGCUUCACUCCUAGCAAAUCCGCGGACGCACGAUCAUGGAUGGAACUCGAUCAGGCGUCAAGGAGAACUCCGAAAGAGAGUCGAGGCUGAAGCGACACGCCGACGAUCACACAGCUCCUUCUUUUACCUGCUCGACUUACCAGGGCCACCUGCCUCCAGGCCCGACGGAGCGGUGCAGUUCGAGCACAGGCAGGACCGUCCGAACGCUAGAGAGCUCGACCGACAGCCCACUCUUCACAAUUUCACCUGACAUCUGCGCGAGGCACGGCAGCGGAGGUGGCACAGAAAGCUCAAAAAGCUCGCACAGAGACAGAGGACACAAGGCCAAACAAGAGGACGAGCACGCUCAGCGCGACAAACAAGCGGAGCGAGUGAGCGAAGCACCGCGAGAUGAAGGAAUGAUAAGCCUACCCUCCUGCCAGGGUAUCCUGCACCGCAGCGGCGGGCAGGGCACCCGAGGCCAGUGACCUGGCAAGGAGGCCAAAAGGCAGAGCCAAAAAGGCAGCGAUGCCAGGAGUUGGAUCGCAUACGCGGCUGGGCCCCUGCGCGGAGCACCCAGGAGGUCACGCUGCAUGCACAAAAAAGGUUUAGCGACCACGAGCGGUGCGCGCGUCAGCCCGCGCAGGCUGCGCCGUGCACGCGGAAGUGUACGUGCUGGCUAGGAAAAAAAGGCUUCGUCGGCUUAAAUAGUGGACCGGUCCGGACGUGGACCGGCUGAGCGGCAAAAGCCCCUCGCCGUAGCUGCGGCGAGGAGAGCCCCCCUGGAGGCCAGGAAGGCGCGAAGAUCCACGCGCAGUCGUCAUGGCGGUCCCGUCGGCGAGACCGUCGCAGCCUUCCGCACAGGUCGAGCCUCCGCGUCGAUGGCAGCGUCAAGCUUGCAAUCGUUGCCGCCGACGGACCAUCCCCCCAGGUUGCAACGCGAGACGGCUCCGCGGGCUGCAACGCCGGAGCGAUCGGUUGGAAAAAAACGGGUGGGCAGUGGAGCGCCGAGCGCCGAGCGCCAGAGAGGUGCAGGGCGGGACGGCAGACGGGCGCAGUGCCCGCCGACGCCCGCCGGCACGACGGGCAGACCCGCUUCUGCGGAGCCCUCGGGGCACGCCGCCGGGCGCGCGCGCACGGCUCGCACUCGGCAGUCCGUUCCGCUCGUCCCCCCAGCCACCAUCCCCCCCCGCCACUGGGCCAGAGGUGCGGCCGCGCGCAGGAUCUGAUCCGAAGAACUGCGCAGCAACUCCUCCGAGGCCACCGGGCGUGGCGGAUGGACGCUUCCUCCCC